GAGAACUGUAUCAUGGCACACUUGGGUCCAAAUUCCAAGUUACUCUGUGCAGCCAAUCAAGCAGCAAGUGGUGCUGGGUUACAUCUUUCAAACACACCUCCCUCUCUGCCAUGUGAUGCUUCUUGCCUCUGUUGCUGUGUGUGUGGCAAGAAAAGCCAUACACUUCUUGGUGUUCAGCUGGAUUUAUUCCUUACAGAUGCCAAAAGAAAAGUGAAGUUGAACAACAUUCUAGACAAGCUAGAGAAACCUACCAUGUCUGACGAGAGUGAAGUUAGUGAUGAAGAUGAACCCAGUGGAAUGGUAAAACAAACUGAAGUACAUGACCUUUACAUCAUACCUGCAAAUGAUGGUGCUGUGACAGUGAAGAUUCUGGCGAAGAAGAAAGCGUGGAUAUCUCUUAUCUUCCUUCAACACAAUUAACUGCUUUGGCAGUGAUAGAAUCUUUAGAGUCACAAGAUAAUGCAGAUGAAUGUGCUGAAGGACAAGAAUCCCAGAAAAAGAAAAUAAUAAAACUCAGAAAAUGGAAAGCACAAGAUCUCCCAGAAAAGAGAAAUGUCCCAUGUUAUCCACGCAAACCAUCAGUUGCUGAUAUUCCGCAUAAGCCUAGUCAGACAUUUGAGCUUUUCUUGGAUGUAUUAGCAAUUGACCAUCUACUGAAACAAACUGUGAACUAAGCUAUCCAGAAUGGUAAACAUUCAUUCACGUUAACAAGUAAUGAAAUGAAAACCUUCAAAGGAAUUUUGUUGGUGCCAGGGUACUGUUGUGUUCCAUGUCGCAGACUGCAUUUGCAGAGACAGCCAGAUGUCUGCAAUGAGCUUAUUGCUGACUCCAUGCAUCAGGAUCGCUUUGAUGAGAUAAUGAAGUUCUUUCAUGCUGCAGACAACACAAAGCUUCCCAAAAAUGACAAGUAUGGCAGAGUUUCUCUGUUCAUGGAAAUCCUGAAUGAUAACUUUCUCAAAUACAGGGAAGUAUUUGGGCCAAAUAAUAUCUCUAUUGAUGAGUCAAUGAUCCCUUAUUUUGGUCGAUAUCUGACUAAGCAGUUCAUUCAUGGAAAGCCUGUGUGAUGGGGUUAUAAAGCAUGGGUUGCAGCUGAUCCAAAUGGUUAUGUUUUUGAUAUAUCUGUUUUAUCAAGGCAAAGAUGGUGCUAAGAAUAAGGGUUAUGCAGCUUAUGGACUUGGUGGAAAAGUUGUUCUUGAUGUUUUGGAUGUUAUAGAAAAAUAUUAUCCAAUAAAGAAGUUAUCCCUUUACUUUGAUAACUUCUUUACAUCACUCAAACUUAUCGAAAAAAUCAAAAGCGGGGUCCAUGAUGCUACUGGCACACUAAGAAAAAACCGAAUUGAAAAAUGCCCAUUUACUAAUCCUGCAAAGUUUAUGAAAUUACCUAGGGAAUCUGAAGAACAUUUUUGUGAUGCUGAAUCAGGAAUAAUUGCAGCACACUGGCAUGAUAAUGGCAUUGUUACCAUUGCAUCAUCUGAGUAUGGUGUAUCACCAGUAGUGAAGGCUGAACGUUAUGUUGCUUCUCAAAAGAAACGUAUGAAUGUUUUGAUGCCAAAUGCCAUCCAUCAGUAUAAUUGGAAAAUGAGUGGUGUUGAUAGACUAGAUCAAAAUAUUGCACAGUACUGGCUUUUAAUUCGUGGGAAAAAAGUGGUACAUUCCAAUCGUCACUUACCUGAUUACAGUAUGUGUAAAUAAUGCCUGGAUUUUUGCAAGGGAAGGAGGGUACAAAGAGGAUAUGUUGUCAUUCAUAUGUGCUGCUGCUACUGAAUGGCUACAGAAUCAUGGCAAAAAGCCAAAUAACCCAGAAAGAUCACAAUCAGUUCUCAGUGUUGCAGGUAUAUCUGCACAAAUAUGGUAUGAUAAUGUUGGGCAUCACAUCGUGAAGACAGAUCCUCCAAGGUGCUGUUGUUGUAAGUUAUGUAACACUCAGACUGUAUUCAUAUGCAAGAAAUGUAAAGUAUACCUGCAUCAAAAGUGUUCAGUACAGUAUCAUACCAUGUAGGCCAGUGGAAUCCUAUGAAAAUGUAUCUAGGUUGUACUAUUUCUUUUUCGAUAACUAUAUUAUAGCUCUCUCUCUCUCUCUCUCUCUCUCUCUCUCUCUCUCUCUCUCUCUCUCUCUCUCUCUCUCUCUCUCUCUCUCUCUCUCUCUCUCUCUCUCUCUCUCUCCAGGGGUUCUAAUCACUGGUUUUCUUUCAUUUAUAGUGAAGUAAUUCUCAUAUUUCUUUUUUAGUGAAGAAAUUAUUAUCAUGUAUCAGAAGUGAAAUGUAUCUGUUUUUUUCAAUUUUUCUUCCUUGCCAAGAAUUGUAUCCUAGGACCCUCCUUUGACUUUUUUAUGUGAAAAAGAGUAAACUUGUUUCCCAUAGUGCCCAUAUAUGUUCAAAUCAAGGGUUUUUUCUUUCUUAUGUUUUUGUUAGUACAUGCUAACAGUUGCGUUUACGCAACAUGUAAUGUGGUCGGACCGCCACUUGUUGCAUUUGUGCAACAACAGAUUUUUUGCAAUAAAAUGUAAGAAAUUGCA